CCCAUAUAUACAGUAGACCUGCAGCACUUGCCCUGUGGACCAACGCUGAGUGUUGAUUGUUCUCCUUUCGAGAUCGCAAACUCCGAUCAGAUACGAUUGUUCCACAAAACGACUCAAGGUUGGGCUAGCAUGGAAACUACUGCGUUCGCUCUCUCCAAACCCAUCGAUGAUGCAGCUAUGGACGAUUAUGUCCAAAAGCACGUAGACCUUUUCCUCAACCAAGCAAAGGGCGGCUCGACUUGGCUAGACACCGUUCUGAAGCAUGCAUCCAACUACUUACAGGAUGAUCUCAUCCAAAGAACAUUGCGCUUGUGGUCUGCCCAUCGACUCCUUAUGCAAGGCUGGCAGCUAACCUUUCCUGGGUCCCUUGGAAUGCCACUCGUAAUGAACCGAGGGUCAUUCCUUUUCAACACGACGCCAGCUCCGCGCGUUCUCCAGAACCAGCUGGAUCGUAGACUCGAGCGGUACUGUGCAGAUAAAGAAGCAGAAUGCUUGAAAGCACUCUCACGUACUUUGCGCCAAAAAUAUCGCCGCGAGUGGACCGCUACCUUCAUCUCGGCAGUUAUUCUGUUGCAUACGCGAGAAAGGGAUAUAUUCAGAUUAUUAUACUGGACUCUCGACGCAAGCAAUACGUACAUAUGGCGGCAUCCGGAACCUGCACGUAGACUCAUAGACCGAAGCCUACACGCAAGCAAUGUCCUCUUGGGACAUCUC